AUGGACGAGAAGGCCGGCCGCCAGUUCAAGAAGGACAUCGACGACCUGCGGCGGCGCCACGAGCUCAAGAAGGAGCGGAAGCUCCUCCGCAAGGUCCGCGCCGCCGUCGGCUCCGGCGCCGCCGCCGUCUCGAGCUCCGACGACGACGACGACGACGACGAGCGCGACUCCGACGACUCGGGCGACGGCCUGGACGUCGACGCGCCCGCCGGGCCGCCGCCGACGGAGGCGGAGCUCGCGGACCUCGCCUGGGACAAGGACCGCACCCUCGAGGAGAACCUCGAGCACGCGCUCAAGCGCGUCAGCAUCCGCGCGCCCCUCGGGCAGGACGCGCCGGCGGACGUCCUCGAGGACAUCCCCAACGACGCCCCGGCCAACCCCUCGCUCCUCGCGUUCCUCGAUAACGACUGA